AAGAAAAUACAUGUAAAGGAAGUGAUGGGCCAAACAACAAGCCUUCAAAAUCAACAGAAUGCCAACCACCCUGAGGUGUCUUGGUGGCUAAGGUUCGGGGCAAGAGCCUUAGGAACAAUUUCUUCUCUGCUUGCCAUGGCAUUGGGCGUCUGGGCUUGUGUAACCUUUACACCAAAAUGUAUAGCUGCAGGAAUGUUACAAAUUGUGGCUGGAUUCGUAGUUUGUUUAUUCGAGGCGCCAUGUUGCUGUCAGUUUUUAGACUUUAUACAGAACAUCAGUGAAUUUGCGGAUAAGCGGCCAUAUUGGAACAAAGCUAUUUUGUACUGCGCGUUGGCAAUUAUUCCUGUAGCCUUGUGUCCCGAGUUGACAACACUUUUUGGAGCGGGUAGUAUCUUUGUGUCAGGAGCACUAUACGGCCUCAUGGCCUUAGGAAAAAAAGCCGACCGGGAUACGAUGAUGUCGCGGGUCUCCACGCAGGACGACGACGACAUGAAGCUUACGUUAGUAGAAAACCAGGAAAGCGAAACGACGCUCAAUAUGCAAAAAUGAUCACGCCGAAACUCGACUUUUAAAAAUGACGAUUUUAUCACCAACGUUGCAUUUUAGGAACCGAGUUGUGAUAGUCUUUGGCCUUUGUCAGGCAAGGCCACAAAAACAUAUCUUCUCACUGGUGCCAAGUUUGUCAUUGGAAAGAUUGCAUAACAUUUAUGUCUCCCACUCGGACUUCAACUUUUAGACGAAAUUACAAUAGAAUCACUCUAUCUAAAGGACACCGAGCUUCCGAGUCAUUCCCAUGUGUUCUGAUGAAACUGAGUAGCUGCAUGAUUGGUGUUUUACAAAAUUUAAAUUUGACUGACUGUUGCUUGCGAUAAAAGAAGUUUGAUGUAUUUAUUGCGUAUGGGGGUGACAAUGAUUUCUUGUCUGCGUUGCGCUCUUAUUUGGCUGUGAAUAUUUGUUUAUUUGAAGCCCGUCUAACACGGGAUGAUUUCUUUUCAGAAGAUAAGAUAAGAAUUUACGUCAUGUUGGUUGAAAAAUAUAUAUCGUCUAUUACACAAAACACAGGCCCUUUAAGCCUAGUUAGCGGGAUUAUCGGGCUAAACAAUAGGAUAAGCCAUAUAUCCCAUUGUUUAACCCAAUAAUCCCGCAAACUCGGCUUCAGGGGCCUGUGCACAAAACAAUUUGGUUUCCAACGUUGAUUUAUCUCUUGUGUUGGACGGGCAUUAGAGAGGUUCAAAUUUUGAUCCCAGAAUGAGAACAUAGUGAUUUCUUUCCCUGGUUAACUUCCAAAAUCAAGUUGAUUGUUUUGUAUCAUUAUUUCUAGGCAUUCCAGACAUGAAAAAAAAAAGAAGUUUGAUUGCAUUUCUGACUGCUGACAGAGCGAUAUCCAUUGUCAAAAUGUCACCUCGGUCCGGUAUCAAAAUCCUAACCGCUCAAAUAUUCAUGAUCAUACCCCUCUUGUAUUACAUGUAGGUCACCAAGGUGUACUUUUAUGUACAUGUGUAGUAGUGUUCGAAAACAAGGGUUCUCCCUGCCUAUCAAUGGGGUCUGGCAUUCGGCAGAGGUGUCCACUUUACGUACAUGUAGGCAUCUGGUUUAAAAUAUCUUUCUCUAUUUGUUAUGUUGUUAUAAGUCUCUGUAAAUAUAAUCAUUUUAUUUAAUAAAACUGAUAAUACUCAA